GUUCCGUUGAAUGGAGCGGGUGCCUUAUUCACUUGCCGCAACCGGGACGACAAGGCACUCCGUAUUCGUAUCAGUUUGUCCUGGGCAACCAUCGAGUGCGGUCGCGAAUUUCCCGUUUUCCACUGGAAAAGAAAAAAGAACGGUUCUUUCCAGGUCUAUAAAUUAUCUGAUUGUGUUGCAUGGCAGCGAGCGAAAAGUUUGUGAAGUGAGCAAAAAAGUGCUACAAAACGUCGGGUGCGAUUUCCUUCGCCAACUGUCCCUCGAACCGCAAGUCGUAUUUAAUUUGAGGCGCAAAACCAAGACGACUGAGGUGAGCGGAAAGUGUUGAGGUCGAAAAUUUACAGCAGCCGGUGGGCAGCCAACGGAACGCAAUAAAAAAUAUACACAAACAGUGGAGAAAGUGAAUAAAACAACGAGAAAUUGGAAAAGUUACGCUAAAUUGCGGUGGCAUAACGAAAACGUCGAACUAAGAAAACGUGUCGAAGUGGAAGGAAGAGGGUCACCGGAAAAAGUUCGAUCCCCGAUAAAAAUAAUUGAACGUGGAACACAGCACCAGUUGCAGCGCAAAUUUCUGAUGAUGUAAAUUCUUAACUCCAUAGUUUGAAUCCGGCUUCAAACAGACCGGCCAACUUUCAUUGCUGGGGAAAAGUCCUUCCCUGCUGCUAUCCAGGGGAAGCCAAGUGAAGUGAAAUUGUGGCGCGCACACUCACACAUAGUGGAGGUCCUACGACUAGAUAAAAACCCCUCGGGUUUAGAGAUCCAAAAGAACUUGAUCAAAGUCUCCAACUGAGUAAUAAUUAUUUCCACAAGCCACUGACUGAGACGGCCAGGAACGGCACUCUAGAGGAACGCUUUUUGGUAAGACUUACAGAGGCGAUUGACCGAAGUCGUGUCUUUUUUUUUGUGCCGGACAGGAAAAGGAGCUAGUUUUAGUGCAAAAGGAAGUGAAACAGCCAGGCAGGAGCCACACCGGAAUGAAGGGCCGACAUCUGAGAAGGCGCUUCAGCCUGCAGCCAUCCUUCAUGAAGGAUGACAGCCCGGAGGACAGACCGAAGCGGGAAAAACCCCUGAAAAACGAUGAAAAUUCAAUCAAUUCAAACGUGCGGCACAAGAUUGUCGUCAUGGGCGCGGCCAAGGUCGGCAAGAGUUCAAUCAUCACCCAAUUCCUGUACGGGACCUUUUCACCGAAGUACAAACGCACCGUUGAAGAGAUGCACCAUGGACACUUCUCGGUAGGCGGCGUCAACCUGACGCUGGACAUCCUGGAUACAUCCGGUUCCUACGAGUUCCCGGCGAUGCGAGCCCUGUCCAUUUCGUCGGCGGACGCCUUCAUCCUGGUGUACGACAUCACCGACAGUGUUACCUUCGAAGAGGUCAAAGCAAUCCGGCAGCAGAUCCAUGAAAUCAAAGCAACCACAGCGGUGCCAAUAGUUGUUGUUGGCAACAAAACCGACCUCGCCGACGAGGAUGACGAUGUUCGACAGAUACCACAAGACACCACGGAAUCGAUGAUAACGGUUGACUGGGAAAAUGGGUUUGUCGAAGCUUCUGCCAAAUUGAAUCGGAACAUUUCACAGGUUUUCAAGGAACUGCUCGCCCAGGCCAAAAUCACCUACAAUCUGAGUCCGGCGCUUCGUCGACGGCGACGCCAAUCGCUCCCACAGCACGCCAGUGGUGGAAGUGGUGGCACUGGACCGUCCACCCCAUCGCAGAACGUCCCGCCAGCAUCGGUGCAUGUCCCGUCCGCAGCCCAGCUGGCUCACCUGCAGCAAAUCCAGGAGAAAAGCCUGGGCGGAAAACGGAACUCGUGCAUUCUGUCUUAGAACGCCUGAUGGAUGGCGAUUACAUGUGCAUUCGGGGAACUAUACAUUUCGAUCCGCAGCACGGGCUAUAUAUUUAUUCGAUAAUGUAAUUAUUACACAGAUUCAUAGCAUUGAAUUCGAUAAACACUUUGUUAAAUUGCAGUAAUUAAGAAAUUUCAACAAAACAUUAGAAAACUGAACAAAAAAAAAACUAGUAAGUGAAAAACGCGUGAAACUAGGCCAAAGUUGUAAAGUAGCGAUGUGGAAUAAUACGGGUAAAUCCAAACCAAAUGAGCAGUUAACUAACCAAGAUCAUUUAUAUGCAGAAUAGGGUGUGACAUAAACUGCAACUGUCAAUUUAGAAAAUGUCUUAGGUAGCAAAGAAAAUGUUUGACGAAUAAUGGUUUCAGCUAUUACAGUGAAAGUAUUCGAAAUAACUGACAAAGUUAUGCUGGUGAAGAAUAAGAUAAAAUUCCCAACUAAACAAGAAGCUUUUUCGAUUAGAAAUCAUUGUGCUUUUCGUACGAUAAGCCUAUGAAUAUGAAUUUGAUAUAUUUCUCAGAUAUCCAUCACAAGGAAGAUAGAAAGUCAAAAUGGAAUUGACAAAAGAUCGAUAAACAAAAUGGAAAGGACGUAAAGUCGAAAAACGAAGCUAAUGAUUUUCGACCUUUUGUCUUUUCAAUCUUCUGUCCUUUCGAUCUUCGAUUUUUUGUGCUCUCGACCUUUCCUUUAUCAGAUAAAUUUGGAAUAUGAAAUAUGGUUAAAUAUAUUUUGAAAUAGAAACAUACCAAAUUAUUUACACCCUGAUACAACAUGUUUUAUUUACUAGAAGUUGAUUUUAACAACGCAACUAUAGUCUAAUGUCAGUGAUUACUCUCAAUAGCAUAUUUUCAUGACACGAAGUUGAAUAAUUUUGAUUGAGUAAAUUUCAAUUCAAUGUUAAAUUUAAAUUAUUUAUAUGUAUAUAACUACCACGUGCCAUAUGUGUUUGAAGAUUCGAUAAAUAUACAAUUCCUGUACUUCAUGCUAAGUCACACCCUAUUCAAGAUUCAAGUUUAGUUGACACAGAAAAAAUCAAAUCAAUCAAGCUGAACACAACAAGAACGAACGAAUUUCAAUCCCAUUCCCAUGAAAACAAAAUCCAUAUUAUUUAACGUAAGUUUUAGCGAAGAGUUCACUAAUGUUUGAAUGUCGGUUUCAUCCAUACUAUUACAUGGAUAUGAGAGUGUGCAGUUAUUGAUAGUCGUUGAAUUUUUUCUCCUCUAUUUCCAUAGUUCCUCAGAAUAUCCCACGAUCAAUGUUCCAAUUUCACACCAAAAAAUAAACAAAACUCAUUCCAAACGCACAUAUUAACUUAAACUUUUCGCAAUGCUGCUGUCCCGUUUUUCACUAUACCUACUAAUGCGAGAAAUCUUUAGCCAAAGUAAGAAAUUUGUUUCAUGUAAAAAUAAUUACAAAUGUUCUAACUGCGAUGCAAUAAAUACAAACCAAGAUGAAAAGUAAAUAGAAGCGACGAGUGAGUCGGGAAACCAUCAGUUUGUGGGUAAAAAUAGUAACAAAUAAAAUUGAAAAUAAAUGAAAACACCACGAUAAGUUAAGUGUUUAAGCGACAGUAUUUAUAAAUAUAAAUAAAACAAGGCAACGCGCCAUACCUAUAGUUGUUAUAUACAUUCUAUCAUAUUGCUAAAUGAAAUAAUUAUUAUGAAAUCAGAAAAGAAAAAAACUAUCGAUACAUCUUAUCCAGUUACUUUUGCAGUGUGUGUUUUUCACGCAAAAUACUAAAAUGUGCUAAAUUUCCUAUAUACUAUCUUGGCAAAUACACAUCAUAAUGACUAGUUUUGUAAGGGAAACCGUUGAAACAAAAAAAAACAACACACGUGCAAUGCGAGAUGAAAUUGAUAGAGCAAAGAUAAGUCAGGAAUCUACCUAGAGCAAACUUUUAUAAAACAUAUGAUGGUAGAGCUAGUGAAACGGAAGGAUGAAAAUCAGUCACACUUCUGAUCUAUGACGGAAAAUUUGACAAUGUAUAAACGAAAUUCCUGUAAACCGAUGACAAUGACAGUGACGAAAUAAAAAAUGGAUCAAUAAAUUUUGGAUGGUUACAGAAAA